GAAAUCGGACAUUGAGGAAUCAGAAUGUAUUACUUCUUUUUCUUUUCCACUUCCACAGGUACGCGGUCGCCCGCCCUCCUGCUGCCUCACCCCAUAUGAGGAGGUGGACUCCCACGUCCCGGCAGGAGGUCAAGGCGUACUUUGGUCUCCGUUUGCUUAUGGGGAUGGUGAGACUCCCCUCUUUCCGUGAUUACUGGUCGACCGAUCCCGGUUUCCGUCAGACUUUAAUGACUGAGGUUAUGACGAGAGAUCGGUUCGACCAGUUGACGACACACCUCCAUUUCGCCCACUUGGAGGAAGGAGCUCCACUCCCGGAGGACAGGAUGUGGAAGCUCCGACCAGUCGUGGACGCCCUCAACGAAUCGUUCCGGACGAUUUUCGUCUCGGGGCAGGACAUCACUGUCGACGAGUCGUUGUGGAAGUUCCGUGGGCGGCUAGCUUUUAGGACGUACAAUCCAACCAAGCGGGCGAGGUUCGGGUUGAAGGUCUAUAAGCUCAGUACCAGUACCGGCCUGGCUGCAGGGUACACCUCUUGUUUCAAAGUGUACACCGGGCAGGACCGUGGCGACAUGCCCUCAUCCACGAAAGCGGUGUUUCAUCUGAUGGAGUAUGGCGGCUUCCUUGACAAAGGAUACCAGUUGUUUGUGGACAGCUGGUACACGUCGCCUACGUUCUUUAAUUUGUUACAAUCCCGAAAGACCAACGCGGUAGGCACAGCCCGGCUGAACAGGAAGUUCAUGCCCAAGGACCUCUCUGUGAGGAGGAAGGGUGAUGUCGAUUACCGCAGCAGCAGGACGGGGUUGUUGGCCUUGUUGUGGAAGGACAACGCCGUCGUCGCCCUGCUGUCAACGGUCCAUAACGCUGCAAUGUCGGCAUGAAGGGAGUCGACAUUGGUGAUCAGAUGGCGAGCUACUAUCCAACGCCUCGCCGGUCCAAGGUCUGGUACAGGAAGAUUUUCUUCAACCUCUUUGACAUGGCCAUCGUCAACGCCUGGACACUCCAUCGUGCCCUAGGCGGAAGAGGUUCGUUGAAAACCUUCAAGUCUGUCCUCUCCAGAGAACUCGUGGGGGAGUUCAGAAGAGGGGCGGACUCCAGCAGGAACCGCACUGCAGCGCGUCCACCCGCUGCAGAUAAGCGGUUCCUGAGACAGUGGCAACACUGGGUUUCCGAGCUCCCUGGUGGCAAGAGGAGAAGGUGUCGCUGGUGUUCCAGGCAAGGGAGGAGACGAAGCACCCAUAGCUACUGUGAAGAAUGCAAUGUUGCAUUAUGUACCUAUGGGUGCUUCAAGGCCUGGCAUGUAGAGUGAAGGAAGCUCGGGAGCCGUAAGUUUCGUUUUUGUCACUUGUCUGUGUGUCGAGGAAUUCUGACUUUGAGAAUGUAUUACUUGCAUUUCUUUUCCUCUCCCACAGAGACCGUCGUCGCGCUCGCGGUCGUCGAAGGGAUACGGCAGUCGCCUUCAUCGGCAGAAGUGCCUGAUCGCCCUCCAACGCGCUCAUCUAUGUCUCAGUCCUCGACCUUGACGAGACGCGGUCGCCGCUCGCGGUCGUCGAAGCCGAAGUUAGUGCAUUAGUCCCAACAUGAGUACUCAGACUCAGAGUCCCAGCAUGAGAAUUACUGCGAAAGCAUCUGCCAAAGAUGUUUUCUUUGAUCAAGAACAAAAGUUAGAGGUUCGAAGGCGAUCAGAUACCGCCCUAGUUCUAAAACUUGCCUGUACAUGCCUGUGUCGAGGCGUGGCUUACAGGUCAAAUCAAUAAAGUUGUUAUAUAAAAAUAUCUAUGAUUUUCCCUUACCAUAUCUUGGCAAGUGUUACUGAAAGAAACGUACAUGGCAUUAUAGAAAGACUGGACUCUAACAAAAAAAAACGAACAUUACAUGGUAGUUUUAU